AUGAACAAUUUUACCAUAACUAAUUUAAAGUCUCAGGAAAACGAUAAUGACGCCGUUCACAAGAAAUAUUUACAGGAUCAAAUAAAUUCAAUUGAAGUAAAUAAAAACCAUUUAGAAGAUAAAAUAAGUAAUGUGAAAAGAUUCUUCAAACGUCAACUAAAUAAUAUAAAUUUUGUUAAUGAUACUAAACUACAACAAGAGGUAAAAAGAUUAAUAAGUUUUAUUCAAAAAGAAUUGUUCAACGUAGAGAAUAAAACUGAGUUACAAAAUUUAAUUUCAUUAAUAUCUAAAUUAGAGGAUAAGAUUGCAAAACAAAAAUUAGACAUUCAACAAUUGAUAGAUAACAUUCCAGAUGAAAAUGAAGAUACGUUUCAACAGGAAUUAAAUGCUCUGGAAACUAAACUUAUCAGUGAAUUACAAAAAGAACUAACAAAUAUUAAAAAACAAAUACAAAACAUAGAUGAUAGUGAAAUCAAAACCUAUAUUCAACAACAAAUACAAAAUAUUGAUGAUAGCGAAAUAAAAACCUAUAUUCAUCAACAAAUACAGAACAUUGAUGAUAGUGUCAUUCAACAACAGAUAACCACUAUUAAUAACCUCGUUUUGAAACAGGACAAAAAUAUAGUCGCAUUAGAAAAAAAGUUUCUCAAGAAAGAAUCAUAUUAUUUCAAUCUUCCAUUUGGAGGAACGGGACCUCAUAAAGAAGAAUUUACGUUGAGUGAUUUUGAUAUGUUAUUGGAAACGGAAACUCCACCAUCAUUGAAUAUUAUUAGAAAUCCAAAACCACAAAACGAAGGAAAUAUGAGUUAUGAGUUUUUACGAGCAACAGACUUUGACUAUGUAAAACUAUAUUUUGUUGAUAAUGGUAAAUUUACCUCAAUUGAUAUUCAUAAAAGUCAACAAAAACAAAAUUUUUUAAUAAGAGAUGAUGCAUAUUAUGUUAAUAUAUCCAUCUUUAUUAAAAAACCAAAUUUUUCAGUUCAUCUGAAUAAGAUUAAUGAUUCGAAAGAACAAAUAUUAUUAGUAUCUGUUGUUAUAAAUAAACACAUAGCAGCUUUAUCAGAAAUUCACUUAAUUUAA